AUGUCCGCUGCUGAAUUCCAAAAAACGAUGGGAGAGAAAGUGGCAGGUCAAACUGACGGAGGAGAUGCCGAAAGAAUUUCUGUUAAAAAUGGAGUUGAUGCCACGAUAAAGGAUGGACCUCAAGAAAACAAGGAAAAUAAUCAAAAACUUCAAAGCCUACUUCUAGAGAAAACGGAAAAACUGUCAGGACCACGAAUGACCAAGAAAUUCCUGAGAGACCACUGUAAGCAGAACAAACUUUACUCAACACCUUACCUGAAUGACACACUGUUUCUGCAUUUCAAAGGUUUCUCCACCAUUGAGAACUUAGAGGAGUACACAGGACUGAAGUGUCUCUGGUUGGAAAGCAAUGGGCUUCAACGCAUUGAGAACCUGGAUGCCCAGACUGAUCUGCGCAGCUUGUUCCUUCAGCAGAACCUCAUAUACAAGCUGGAAAACCUUGAACCAUUGAAGAAACUCUGCACCUUGAAUGUCUCCAACAACUAUAUCCACACCAUAGAGAAUAUCUCGUGUCUUCCUGACCUGAGCACUCUGCAGAUUGCUCAUAACAAGCUGGAAACUAUGGGGGACAUAGAGCACCUAAGUCAGUGUCUGGCAAUCAGUGUGCUGGACAUGUCUCACAACCUGCUGAAUGACCCUGAGAUCCUAACUGUACUUGAGUCGAUGCCAGAACUGCGAGUGUUAAAUCUAAUGGGAAAUGAGGUGGUGAAAAAAAUCCCAAACUACAGGAAGACUAUGAUUGUGCACCUCAAGCAGCUCACCUUUCUUGAUGAUCGCCCUGUGUUUCCCAAAGACAGGGCAUGUGCAGAGGCAUGGGCGGUGGGAGGGCUGGAAGGGGAGCGCAAAGAAAGGGAGCAAUGGGAAACACGAGAGAGGAAGAAGAUUCAGGACAGCUUGGAUAGCAUGGCAAUGAUUCGGAAAAAAGCUCAGGAGAGGCGGCACCUACGAGAGCUACAGGAGAAAGGGGAGACUGAGGUUUUCACUGCUCCUUGUGAGGAAAAUGACACCCAGAUUUUAAAUUCAUCACAAGAGAAGAUCGAAUUCUUUGUGCAGGACAGCCUGGAUGCCCAUGAAGAGUUCUUGCAGAGUCAAGCAACAUAUGAAUACAAGCCAAAAAGUGAACACACAGAGGCAAAGCAGCCAAGUGAAGGGCUGCAGAGAGAGCCAUUAGAGAAAGAUGACCAGGACCAAUCACAGAUGAAGCAGCAUGUGAGAGAACAAGGGGUCAAUCCAGAGCAGUUAGCACGAGAGCAAGAAAGUAUUGCAGCAAAGAUGUUGGUGACAGAGAAAGUACAAGAUUUCAGUAAGCAACAAAACCAGUCAUGUGUGAUGAGAAACAAAGCAGAGAGAGAGCAGGCAACCAUGAGCAAGCAGUGUGAGAAGAAACAGUCUCCCCUGGUCAGGGCAGUUCCUCCCACAGAUGAGGUUGUACCAACAUAUGGUCCUGGGCCACUGGUUACAGAGCUGGAGGAUGUAGAGCAGCUAGAGACCAUUCACCUUCCACUGCACCGCUCACUACAUAUUGAUGACUUGCCUGAUCUGGAGGAUGUGGACGCAGAAGACUUCACCAGAGUCUUCUCUUCUCAGCAGGUGGUCAGGCCAAAGAUAGAGGACAUAUCAGGAGGCAGUGAUGAUGAUGAGCCAGCUGGGAACCAGAGUGAGACCAUUCCCACUUCAAGUCCAGACAAAAGUUCAUUGUUCACUGAAGUCUCCAACAGUUCCUCUUCACUGGUGUGUCCAGGGGAUUGGGAUGCCCUGGAGUCACUGAUAUAUGACCCAGUGGAAAAGUCAAAUGCAAACCAAACCUCCUCUCCACCACGCUGCCUGAUUGAGGAGCUGGAAUGA